AUGUCUGUCAAUCCGUUCAAGAAUAUAGGAAAAAAUAUUUUAAUCAUUUCAGGAAUCAGUAUUGCCUCAAUCUAUACUGUGAAAUCAAUCGUUAGGAAACGAAGAGAGGCAAAAUUCACUCCAAAGGCUUUAGCAUUAUCUAGGAAAACUGCUGAAGAAAAUACAUUAUCUGAUUACUAUGACAAUUUAGCUCAAGUUAAACCAGGUUUCCCAAUCCCUAAACCGAAAGAUGAUUCAAGUUCGACAAAUAUAUUACCACGAAAGAGUGUCUAUGAAGCUAGUAGUCCUAGUGUGAUAACGAGGAAAAGAGGUGAUAAGCUUGGAUUUCUUGAUAGGAGAAAGAAGGAAUGA